AUGAAAGUACACAAUAUUCUCAGGCAAGCAUUUGUUAUUUCUGCGGGCGUUUCAGCUGCAUUGAAUAAGACCACCCCCGUAAGUACCAGUUCUGGCCUUCCUGUUAUCGAAGUUUUUGGUAAUAAAUUCUUUGAGUCAGAAACGGGGGAACAAUUCUUCAUUAAAGGUAUAGCGUAUCAACCUAGUAACGCACCCCAAGAACAUGAUACCGGGGCGCCUUCUGACACAAAAUACAUCGAUCCUUUGGCUGAAGUAGAAAUAUGUAAAAGAGAUUUGCCAUACUUGAAAAAAUUGGGAGUUAAUACAAUCCGUGUCUAUUCGAUAGAUCCAACAAAGUCUCAUGAUAUCUGUAUGGAAGAAUUCGCAAAGAAUGGAAUUUAUGUUUUAAUUGACCUAUCAGAACCAGAUGUUUCAAUAAUACGGGAGACUCCUAGCUGGGAUGUUAAGGUAUUUCAACGUUAUAAAGAUGUUGUUGAUUCAAUGCAAAAGUUUGACAAUGUCUUGGGGUUCUUUGCAGGGAAUGAAGUUACCAACGACAGAACAAAUACACAUGCAUCUCCGUUUGUUAAGGCUGCAAUCAGAGAUGUGAAAAAUUACAUCAAACAGAUGGGAUACAGAGAUCUUCCUGUUGGAUACUCUACUAAUGAUGACCAAGAGACCAGGGACAACUUGGCGAAUUACUUUGUUUGCGGAAAUGUUACUGCUGACUUUUAUGGUAUAAAUAUGUACGAGUGGUGUGGUCAUUCAUCAUACGGUACUAGCGGCUACAGAGAAAGAACUAAUGAGUUUAGGAACUUUCCAGUCCCUGUAUUUUUCUCAGAGUUUGGAUGUAAUGCUGUAAGACCUAGACCUUUCACUGAAGUUCAGGCAUUAUAUGGCCCAUUGAUGACCCCUGUUUGGUCUGGUGGAUUGGCAUAUAUGUAUUUUGAGGAGGAUAAUGAAUAUGGAGUUGUAAAAGUUACAAGAGACAACCAGGUUUUGGAAUUACCUGACUUCAAAAACCUUCAGAAAGAAUACGAGAAAGCAUCUCCAAAGGGAGUAAAAAGGAAAGACUACGAACGGACCUUUAAAGAAACCGUAAGGGACUGUCCAAAAAGAAGUGAAAUAUGGCAUGCUGCGGACGAAUUACCCCCUACUCCAGACACUAGAAAGUGUGGCUGUUUAGAGCAAUCCUUACCUUGUCUUUCAUUAUACCUCCAAGACCCAAUGUCAUAUAAAAACUACUUUGAGUACGUCUGUGGUUUUGUUAACUGUAUGGAUAUUAACGGCGAUGGAAGAACCGGUGUAUAUGGGGAAUAUUCCGAUUGUGACACUAGGCAUAAGUUAAGUUUACAACUCAGCAAACUAUACAUAAGACGUAAGAUCACUAAAAAUGAGUGUCCAAUUGCAAGUAACGAUUUCUUUUUUAAUGCCAAAAGUAUUGCAGUUACUCAACAGUGUCAGGUGGUGAUGGAAGAUGUUAAACGCCAAGCAAUGAAGAAAUUAGUAGAAGUUCCGAUGAAGCAGCAAGCAGGAAAAGAAAAUGAUGCAGGUAGUAGUACCCUACAGCGACUACAAACAGCACUUACAGCGCUAUUACCCAUCCUUGCUCUAUUCUUCCACCUAGAGUUUACGUAG